CAUUCCCCGUGUUUCGUGAAGGUCUUUCGAAAGGUUCCGCGAUCAGUCUCAAGAGUUGCUCAGCACCUAACGGGCACGUCGGCACCGUCAAGAACUACCCAGUUGCUACUGGGAAGCCCUUCCCUUCGGUCUUCGAUCUUUGUGGCUACGACGUAGAAAACCUGUGUUUACGACGAAAUGGCGAACUCGGCGCAGCUGUGCAAAUACGUGGUACUGGCGCUGUUCGUGCUUUUCACCGGAACCUGUGGCGGUGCUCGCCGUGAUGUGGCCCACCUCCCGCGCCAGAUUGUGGUCGUGGAGGAGUACGAGCACGAGAAAGUGACCACGUUACCGCCACCACCGCGUCCGUACGCCUUCACGUACACGGCGGGCCGGGCCCCAGGGCACGUCGAUCGGACGCACAGCGAGGUGUCGGACGGCAAUGGAGUGGUGCGUGGGUCCUUCUCGUACGUCGAUCCUCGCAAUCAGGUUCGCACGGUCGAGUACACGGCGGACGCGCACGGAUUCUAUCCGGUGCUGAGUCACCUGCCGAAGAGCCCGCAGCAGACGGAAGCGGUUGCACGUGCGCAAGAGAAACACCACGCCCUGUACGCCAAGAUCGCCCAGCAGCAUGCGGACGCCCACGGAGGACUGGUGGAGCCAAUUCUGCCCAAGGACACGGUAGCUGUGGCGAAGGCAAAGGACCGUCACCUGACUCUGUACGAGAAGAUUGCCAACGAACAUGCGCGAAUCGGAGCGGAACAGGAGGCGCAGCGUUUGGCCUUUGAGGCUACGUCGGUGAAAUAUGAGGAGCACUGAGCCCGAGCCACCCGCGAUCCGAUGACGAAACCUUUAGACCCUUACAGGAACUGCACACCAUGCGGCAUGGAUUUGGAUAAACGUGAAUGGACAGGAAAAGUGAAUUAGUGAAAGAAAUUACUUUAAAAUUCAUUCGAACCAAUACACCUUUAAUGUUUUGAUUUUCAAACAUCCUUUCUACGAUAACUUCCAA